AGCUUUUAGCCUCAAGCCCUUUGUAGGCUCUUAGGGUAAUGGCGGGAGAUUCUGGGAAGGUGAAGGAGAUUUUUCAACAUUGGGAUCGCGACGGAAGUGGAGACAUAUCUGUGGCAGAGUUGACCCGUGUGCUGAACAAGUUGAAUCCACAAUUUGACCAAGCAGCAUGUCAGAAAAUGUUCAGCUGCAUGGAUGUCAACAGCGAUGGCUCCAUUCAGUACGACGAGUUCAUCAACUGGCUUACCUCGAGUGACUCAUACAAGGGAGCCAAGGCUGCAAUCUUGAUGGACGGGAAGGGAGCAGGUGGCAAAGCAGAUGCAGCGCGCAAAGCUAAACUGAGGGCCAAGUACGCCAGGUUGGACAAGAACGGCGAUGGCAAGCUUGACUUUGUGGAGGUAUACGCACCUUGCCUUGAAUAUUUCUCACGCGUCCGAUUCAGGGACUUCCUGCAGAAGAGGUAUCCUCAGAUGACACUGCCUGACCUGCGGUUUCUUUAUAAUUGUGCUGACAAAUCCCACGAUGGCAUUCUUGAUUUCUAUGAGCUCUUAGACAUGUUGAUGAAUGUGCCGUCGCAAAAGGCCGAUCCUGGAGCAGCACCCCCCAGCCAGGGGCAACACCCGUUGUCAGCUGCCCUGCUCCGACCAGACGCAAGGGAUGACAUCAAAGCUGCCCUCGAGAAGGAAGAGAGAGAUCAGAAAGAAUGGAUGGAGAAGGUCAAUGACAUCACAUCCAAGAUGAAAGAGUUCAAAGAUGAUGAGCGAAGGCACAAAGAAUUCCGAGAAGCCCAUGCAAAGGUGAUGCGAGAGCACUAUGCCAAGACGGGUCAGCUUGCAAUUUGAGCAGAGCCAAGUAUAUAAUGCAAGCUCAGGCUUGUGCCACGAGUUGAAGUCGCCCCGAAGUUUGCCACAAGACCACUGCAAAACGUUUUGAGAUGUUCAAUGAGUCCCUCUUAAAGAGCAAGGCAGCAAGACGACGAUAAAGAAUGUCUCACCCGAGCUCUCCCCGUGAGCAAAGAAGCCACUUUUGGCGCUCUUCACUGUCUCAAAGAGAGAGUGUCG